GUAUUCGUCGUGAAUCACAAGAAAAUCAUGUCAGUGUGAGAGAAUUCGUAGCGUCACAAUUUUCGUUGUUUUUGUACCAAAAUAAAAGUUUACCAGAUAAUUUGAAACACUAGUUAUUUGUAAUCAUGGAAGUCAAAGAAUGCAGUGAUUUAACUGAAGAAAAUCAAUUCAUCGUUGACGAUGUGAGCAAAAUCAUCAAAGAAGCGAUCGAGAGUUCUAUUGGAGGCACUGCGUAUCAGCACAACAAAGUCAAUCAAUGGACAUCUGCGGUAGUUGAAUCGUGUUUGGGUCAACUGACGAAGCUACAAAAGCCUUAUAAAUAUAUAGUGACUUGCACAAUAAUGCAGAAGAAUGGUGCGGGCUUGCACACAGCUUCGUCGUGCUUCUGGGACAACAACACGGAUGGAUCCUGCACUGUGCGCUGGGAGAACAAGACAAUGUAUUGCAUUGUGUCUGUCUUUGGACUUGGAAUCUAAUUCUUUCUAUUUUCAUAUCAAGAGUUAUGUGAACUGAGCCACCACAUCACAAUUUAAGUUAAUGCCCUACUUUUACAAUGAAUUCUGAUGUGUUCUGAAAUUUGACAUGAACAUUAGUGUUAAAUCAUACAUCUGUUUGGCUUAGUUGUCAUUGCUAUAAAAUGUAAUACUUAGAAAUUAUGCUUAACCCCUCGAAUGCCUAGUCCCGUAUCAGUCACAGCCAAUUUGGAGUUUAUUCGAAAAUUCUAACAUUCCAUAGAAAAUUUUGGACAUCGGCAUUCCAGGGGUUAAUGAAUAGAAGUUUCACAAAUUCACAUAAAAACUAUUUACUUUCUUUGUAUGAUAAAAGCAUUGAAAACCAGUAAAAUUGUGUUUUAACACGUGUCAAUAUAAAAUGAGUGUAACUUUGAUUGUUUGGAAGCAAUUUUUUUGUGGCCAGCUCAUACAACUCUUAAUAGUAAAUCUAGAGUUCUAGACCUAGCAAGCUCAUACAUACAAUAUUAAAUAUUUAUGCUUUAAAAAAUCUCUACUAAUGUCUAGCCCUAGAUUAUCACUUGUAUGGAAGAUAUUUGAAAUUAUUUUAAGUUGUAAAAUAUUCUGAAGUAAAGCUUUUUGUUUAGAUCAUACUUUGUAACAAAGUAUUUAUUGUAAAAUUAUUAACAGCAUUGUAGCGUCUGUAAAAGUAUUGCUGUUCAAAUAAAUAACUGCUCUAAUACAUUUAUUGUGGAUCAUUAUAUCUAGAUUUUUUUUCUUAGGUAACUAGGACAUAUUUUCGUACACAAUAAAUACAUUAAAAUCA